AGGGACCCCCAUCCACCCCUGACCACUGGGCUGGAGCAAUCACUAGACCGCAGGGUUGAUCCUACUGGACGGGAGCUGUCACACCCCUCCCUUUACGACCCAAUCAGGGCCCGGAUGGCACUCCUAGCCAAUCAGCUCCUGGACCCCAGGGUUCUGAAUGGUAUGAACGGGAGAGUUGACCUCCCGUCCUUCCUGCGGGCUCAAAACCCCCCGGGCAUCCCAGCCCAGUCGUCCAGUACGGAGGAAGACAACCGCAAGAACAGGAAGUACCCGUGCCCGCUGUGCGGCAAGCGCUUCCGUUUCAACAGCAUCCUGUCGCUGCACAUGCGCACACACACCGGCGAGAAACCGUUCAAGUGUCCGUACUGCGACCACCGGGCCGCCCAGAAGGGGAACUUGAAGAUCCACUUGCGCACACACAAGCAGGGCAUUCUGGGUAAGGGCCGGGGUCGAAUCAGAGAAGAGAACCGUCUGCUUCACGAGCUGGAGGAGAGAGCCAUCCUGAGGGACAAACAGAUCAGAGACAGUCUCCCACCCCACGUACUCCAGACACAACUUCCCCAGUCUGCCCCUCUGACUGCCCCCCAGCUCUCUCAGUCCCCCUCAGGCCCCGUGGAUGCCCUCCUACAGCCCUCCCCCAAGAUGGCGCCUGUCCAGGAGGAGCCCUCCCUCCUGCCCCCGCCCUCAGGCUUCCGCUGCUCCUUCUGUAAGGGAAAGUUCCGGAAGCAGCAGGAGUUGGAGCGCCACAUCAGGAUCCUCCACAAACCCUACAAGUGCACCCUGUGCGACUACGCCGCCUCCCACGAGGACCAGCUCAUCGGCCACGUGGAGACGGCCCACAUCUCAGCCGAGGACGCCCAGGGAGGGAGGCCCGCGGCGGGGGGAGGCCGGCCAGGGAAGCCUGGGGGGGACUUCCCCUGCGAGGUCUGCGGGCAGACCUUCAGCCAGGCGUGGUUCCUCAAAGGCCACAUGAGGAAACACAAGGACUCGUUCGAACACUGCUGUCAGAUCUGCGGAAGACGCUUCAAGGAGCCAUGGUUUCUCAAGAACCACAUGAAGGUUCACCUCAACAAGUUGGCUGCCAAGAACAGCAGGCCCCCAGGCGUGGCGGAUGUAGCGGUUAGCUUUAGCAGCGUAGCCCAGGACCCCCAAGCUAACCUGUACUCCCAGUACAUCUCCAGUCUCCACAGGAGGUUCCUGUCCACUGAGAGAACUGGACAGCCUGACUACCAUCACAGCUUCUCCUCUGCCGAGGUGGAGAUGAAGGUCAAGGACAUGCUGGGGAGGAUGCUUGCCCAGGGAACAGGCCUGGUGGAGGGGGAAGGUCGGAGGAUGCUUGCAAAGGGACAGGACUCCUUGCUGGGCUGCCUGCUUCCCCCUCUCCUGACCUCCGGAGGUAUGGACCUUCUCCAAGCUGCUGACUGUGACAAAGACGGUAAUAGUGCUAAUCCCAGAUAUCCCGGCUGGCAGAUCAUGGCACCGGGACUGUCCCCUGGAGCAGAUGUACACACCUGCCGACCCCGCACCUCUGCUACCCACCUCAGAAGCGUGUGCCGCUGGAUGAACAGUUGAACAGUGUGUGGUGUGAAUGAGAGGAGAGUGUGUGUCCGGGAUCCAGACCCUCACUCCACAGGAAGGCCUGCUUCUCCAGGGGUCAGCCAUGGGGGGGUCAGCCAUGGGGGAGCAGAGACCCAGACAGCGACAGGCCGACCCCAGGCUGGCUGUGUCCCGCAGGAACGCCCCCAGCCCUCC